CUGAAGUGUUGAUCUCAUAUAGUUCAGUGCAGUAUAUAAGACUCAUAUUUUACCGCUGGUUAAUCAAAUACUCCAAGCUUAACUCUUGUCUUAAACCCAGCACUCAGCAAUACGCUUAAUAUCACCAUGUCUACCACUACACUCGACGCCUCGUCACCGAGCGCCUAUGGGUACUCUGAAACAGCUCUCCUUCUCCUUGAUUGGUACACCCUAUUCAUCGAGAAGGUUGCUGGUCCAUCUGCUGAGCCAGCCUUGAAGGUCGCAGUUGAACUCCGAAACUGGGCCAAGACUCACAACAUCACCGUUGUUCACUGCCUUAUCGACGCAAACGGCACUCCCUUCCCGGCCUGCAAAGGCGUAGAUCGCUUCCAAGGGCUCUUGGAGAUUAUGAAGAACCUGGAACAACCCGAACCAGCUGAACUUCGGGCUGAUGACAAGGACGAGCUCACCUUUCACCGGGUCCCGGGACAUAUCUCGGCGCUCAAGUCCCCAGGCUUACUUGAUUAUCUGAAGGAGAAGGGCAUCAAGUCUCUUGUUCUGUCCGGUUUGAGCACUUCUGGCUGUGUUCUGAGAACGGCAGUCACAGCAACGGAUGCCGAAUUUGCGACAACAGUCAUCAGCGACGCUUGUGCUGAUGGGGAUGGGGAGCUUCACCGGGUUAUCUUGGAUAAGAUCAUUCCUUCUCGGGGCCACGUGAAGAGUGCUGCAGAUUUUCAGAAGGAAUUUGAAGGGGCUCAGAAUGUUUGAACUUGAGAUCUGAGACUGGCGCGACGCGUGACAAGUUCAGAAUCAGAGGAAUCUCAACGAAGCGAGACCAAGACACCAGAAAUCCCUCUCUGAGAGUGAUAUCACAAUCUCCAAGAUAUGAUAUUUCAAUAAAAUAAGCCACAUUCUAUUUUUAGGA